AUGGCCGAAGAUUUGGAACCAAAUUACUCUGAGACUAAAAAACGGGUAGAUGAAAAUGUCACAGAGAGAACCUCCAGAAGAACAUCCACAGCACAGUGGGGCUCCUGCCGGGGUCGAAACAUAAUGCUUAGAGACUCUUCUAUCAUUUCCGGUCCAGUUGCGCAGCCACAAAUCUUUCAUUCUCGAAUGGUAGCAAAAGGUCGAACAUCCAAAUUUGUCGAAGAAAUUAGCAGCGAUGAGGACUUACAAAGCGUGGUGAAGAAUAUGGGGGCAGCCAAGACCUUUGAUGAAAUGCCGCUGCCUCCUGGGAAAGUAAGGUCAGCAACUGCAUGCGAGGAGCAGACUAAAGCUGAGGAAGCUGAAUGCUGGUUUAGGAGAUUGUUGGUGGCAAUGGGACUGCCGAUGCCACCAGUUUCUGACAUAUGUAUUCCUUGGAUCUUCAAAUUGGUAGCCGUACAAGAACCUGCAACCUUAACAAACACAGGAGCAAUACAUCCAGCAAUAAUACCCAUAUCAAAUAUUCCAAAUCAAAACAACGCCAUGCCUGAGAAAGAAUCCACAACUUUGCCGAAGAUGAACGUCUCUUCGGCGUGGACUCUACUACAGAAGGUUUCGACACUCGUUAACAAUCUUUCGAAAUCCCAGGAAGAAGCCAAGUUGUCCAGAAAUACAGACUCGCAGGCAAUCGAGAAGUUAAAUAACAAGGUCAAGUCACUUGAAAACGAAUUGAAGGGAGUCACUCAAGCCUUUGAAAGACGGAUCAAUCAGCUCGAGAGUGUGAUUUAUCGCUCGAAGUGA